AUGAGGUUUAUCUUUAUUGGCUUAAUUUCUCUCUGCAUGCUGAUGAAUGCAUUAACAGAUGCCCGGCCAGUACAGGAUGAAGACGACCCGUAUGAGGAACCUGCAGCCCUGCCAUAUUGGCCUUUCUGGUCCAGUGAUUUUUGGUCGUAUGUGGAGUAUUUCCAGACCCUGGGAGCAUACAACAGAAUCAACGAAAUGGCCAGAACCCUGUUUGCUCAAUAUCCUUUUGGAAAUAACCUUGGUUAUGAUGUUCCCUAUCAUGAGCACUAA